GCUGGUCAGGCGCGUGAGUGUUAGUAGAUUUACUUGACGAGUGGUCGUCAAAUUUCUAUCUAUUUUAGGUGUUUUAGUACAUAAUAGUAGUGAAAUAAAAUAAAAAUGGGUCAAUUGAGGAUUUUGUUAACUCAAAUAUUAACUUUGCCUUUUAUUUUAUCCACUAUUGUGCCAAGCUUCGCUAAUGAUGUCCCUGUUCUAAUUUGGGGUGGUGGCGACUCCUCAAAAUCAAUUAAUGAGCCUGUAAAUUUAUUUGAAAAAAUAUCUCAAACCGAAUUUGAGCGAGUUUUUAUGGACAGAGUUGGUGAUACUCAAUUUCCAAUACGAGUUUUUUACAGAGAUAAUUUGUGUAGUGAAGACGUCACAUUAAAUGAAAGGGAUCAUUUGAGGCCACUGGAAAAUUUGGGAUCUUUCCAGUUUAUUCUUGCUGUAGAUUCACCUCUAUUGGUAUUAAAAACCUUGCCCUUCUUCAAUAAAUCGCUUGAUGAUGAAGUAGAGUCAGUAUCGGAUGGAGAACUAGUAAUAUCUAAAGUUACUGACUUUGAAUCGCUGCCUGAUAAAUUCAAGAUGAUGAGUGAAUCAAAUCCUAACUUAAUUGGUGUUCUUACUGGCAAUUCGUGCAAUCGAUUAGAACGUGUACGAAGAGCUGCUGUUACUCCUGAACAAGCUAAUGAAGACAAUCCUAUGCUUAUUUCAACUAAGAGAGUACUUUUUUAUGUUGAAAAUUCCCCUAGUGUUAAGAUGGAUAAUGAUAAGCCUAUGAGUAUUGGAAACUUGACUAAAAAUGCAACAGAAGAAGGAAAUGCUACUUAUGCAUCGCCAUUAGUUGUGUCAAUGGAAUUUACAGCAAUUAAUAAUGAUUCAGUAAAAACAAGAACUCGGUUAGAUCUUAAUAUUACAGUUAAAUCUGCUGGUUAUUAUACUUUACGUACUGUUAAUCUAUAUCAAGAUGAUAAAUUAAUUGGAGAAAUGGUAGCUCAGACUGAAAUUGUAUGGCCUAGAAAUUUCUCAUAUCAUUGCACACAACAUACAGUAUUCCAUAAUAAAACUGGAAAUCGUACGACAACAUUGUACUUAUCAAAUAUGCAAAUUCAGUUGGAUUAUAUCAAAAAGUUUGCUGAUGCCUAUGACUGUGUAGGAUUUACUUCUAUACCCAUUUGGGCAGGUAUUUUUGUCACUUCUAUUUUAGCAAUAAUUAUGAUCUGGGGAUUGACUAUGGUAAUGGAUAUACGUACGAUGGAUAGAUUUGAUGAUCCUAAAGGAAAAACAAUCACAAUAUCAACUACAGAAUAAGUUAAGUGAUAAUUUCUCUAACUACAUAUUAUGUAAAUAUAUAUAUAUGUAUCUGUAAGUCUUGUAUAUUUCAAGCUUGUUGUUUAGAUUAUAAGAUCUACUGAAAAAAACUAAAUGUUUAUUAUUAACGUAGAAAAAUUGUUGAAAUCUGUUCUGCCUUAUAUCCUACAAUGUAUUUUAACUAUUAUUCAGUAUUUAUUAUAUAAAAGAAAGUGUGUUUUUAUGAAUGAUAAGCGCACAGACCUCUUUAAUUAUAAGUUAAAGAUUAUGUGAUUCUAUAAAAAUAUUUCCUAUAAAUAUUUCAAUAAUAAUAAUAAUGACCCCUGUUAUUAUUAUUGAUAUUAUUCCAUUCCAAUAUUCAUUUCAUUAGUUUCUAGAUUUGUUAAUUAAUAAUAUGAAUAGUUUAAAGUCAUUUGAGCCACUUUUAUUUAUUUUCAGUUAUAAAUAUUUUAUUCAAUUAAAGAACAUUAUAAUAGGGUGUUUCAUAGGUAUAUCGACUGUAUAAAAUAUUCUUAGUUCGAGAUGUAUAUGAUAAAUAUUAAAUAAAGAUUAUAAUAUUCAUAUCAAAAAAAUAUUAAUCUUCUCAUGAUUACAUAGAUAAUUUUUGAGCUUCACAGUUUGUGACAUAAUAUAAAGCGUACUAAAAAAUUGUAUGACGGAGAUUUUAUGAGCCACAAGCUUCAACUUCUACUCCAUGUAACAUGAUAAAUGCCAUGGAGUAAGGAGGUAGAGUAAUUAAUUGAGUUGAAUCGACAAUAAUUGCUUUGAAAGGGGGUAAACUUCCGUCUGCUCGUAAUUUUAAAAUUUCUCCAUUCAGCAUGAUAUUUCUGUAAAAAUAUGAAUAUGCAGUUAUUAAUAAAUUAAAAACUAAAUAAA